AUGGAUGGACGUGAAGGAAUGGAAACGAGAUACAAUGUGGGUGACAAUUCAGACUAUCGUCCUGGAGAUCUUGGCCAUCAUGGCGUAUUUGCUGAUGUUCAGGCUUGUGGUAAUGCCAACAGAUUGAAGGAAGGUGACGAUAGCGAAGAGCUGGAGGCACUACGCUUGAAAUUCGAAGCAGUGUCUAACGGCUUUGGACACCUGGAGGCCUUCACAUGCUGGUCAUUGAUGCUCACCACUGCUGUCGACGUCUCUGCAUCCAUCUCUGCAUAUUACUUCUCCUUCUCUGCAUUGGUUUCGGGGCAGGACAUGAGAACCCACCCGUCCCCGAAGAUUCUGCUCGCACUGCUUGCCUCGGCGCUGACCAUUCGGUCCGUCGAGGCAGCCGGCCCGAGCCUCCAGGCUUGCCUGCACGCCUGCGCGAGCGGGACGGCGGCCGUGUGGACCUUCUGCAGCUCCAUCCAGAGCCUCCCGGUGAAGGCUGCGUGCUGGGAGGUCGGCCAGGGCCGUCCGACCCAGUGCAAAGGAUUCUGCUAUCGGUACUUUCCAUGAA